AUGGCGUCGACGUGCUGGUCGUGCGGCGAGGGCCCGGUGGUCUCGGACCCGGACUCGGGCGCGCUCGUCUGCACCUCCUGCGGCCGCGUCCACGACGCUGGCGCCGGCGAGUUCGUCCACAAGCAGACCUUCACCAUCGACGGGCAGCUCGACUUCAGCAGCUCCAAGCAGGUCUACAGCUCCGAGAACCCCUACCUCGACCGCAAGCUCUACCUCGCCACCGACGUCAUCACCUCCACGGUCGCCCCCUUCUCGCUCUCGCCCACGCUCCUCCGGGAGGUCCUCGAGAUGGCCCAGUCCGCCACCGACGGGGCCCUCGCCUCCCCGGGCACCGCCUUCCUCCCCGCGCUCGCCGCCGCCUGCGUCUUCCUCGUCGCGCGGCGCCACCGCCUUCCCAUCUCCCUCGCCGAGGCCGCCGCGGCCGCCUCCUGCACCACGUUCGCGCUCGCCGACCUCGCGUCCCGCAUCGCCUCCCGCCUCUCCCUCCCUCCCCUCCCGUCCUUCGACUACUCCGCCGCGCUCGAACGCGCCGUGGAGUACUCGGGCAAGCUCAGGGAAGCCGCAGGCGAGAAAACCGAAGACAUCCUCUCCCAAGCCAGGUUUCUCCUCCGCUGCGCCUCCAAGUGGUCCCUCACCACCGGUCGGCACCCACAGCCUGUUGUCGCCGGCGUGAUCGCCUUCGCCGCAGAGCUGAACGGGGUCACCUCCAUGUCCGUGGAAGAAAUCGCCCUGGAGAUCCCGGCGGUGCCUUACACCAGCCGCCUCCGAUACAAGGAGCUCGUUGCUGCGCUGGUGCGUGUGGCGCAGAAGCAGCUUCCGUGGGGUGCCGACGUCAAUGCCAGAAACCUGCUUCUGAACGCGCCCUUGCUUCUCCGGCUCAUGGAGAUGCGGUCACAGUCAGACCCUUCGGAACAGUUUCUGGAGAGCUUCGCUCCAGACAUUGCCAGCAUUGUGCAGGUGUACUCAACCGUCGACGAGGACGAGUCCAAGUACCUCCAGAGUGUUCCCCUGGAUGCUGAUGAUUUGGAUUUCAAGAAUUCUGGGCAAGAAUCAGAGGAUCUCAAGAUCUCGGAGGGAGGCAUGUCAGAUACUUACCAGAACGUCUUAAAGAGGAUCGCUCAGCUAAAGGAACUUGGGAAGGUUGGCAAAGUUGCUACCAGGAGGAAGCGGUGGAAGAGAGGGCUGGACCUGGAGCCGUGGAUGGAUUCGCUGGGUAAUGGCUGGGCCAAGAACAUGCCCCUUGAGGAGGUACCAGAUAUUGACAUUGGCUAUGAUGCACCUCCUCCAUCGUUUACUGCUGGACUGGAGUUGCAGAAACGGAGGAGAGCACGAAUUGAAGCUGCCAAGUGUCGGAUCGAUGAAAUUAGGAACCCUCCUGCUGCUCGUACUGCAAGUACAAUUGAUUUGCCGUCUACUCUUCGAACUGAAGAUGCCUGUCCACCCCAAAAAAAUACAACUGGUUUGCCAUCUGCUCUUCGAAAUGAAGAUGCCUGUCCACCCAAAAAAAAUAUCAAGAAAAGGCAAAAGAGACAAGAUCCUGCCAUGGAUCAUGUCACUCACAGAAACCAUCUGGCAGAGAUCUCAAAUGCUCCUGACUGUGGGAGGAAGAGACAGAAAAGAGGCGCAUGUAAUGGUAUUGACUGGGAAGAUUGUGUUAUCGAGCUCCUGCUGUUACAUGGUGCAAAUGAAGCAGAGAUAGAACAAGGCCAUUACAAAAGAUUGUUGGAUUUGCAUGUCUUCACUUCAUAAGUGGAGACAGAUGAAACUUGGUGAUGCGGCGUCUCCAGUCUUUAGAAUUUGGUUACUGAAUUGCUUCAUGAACAUAGAUCAAUAUUGAGGUUUAACUCGACAUUCAGUUCAUCGAUAACCUGAAAGAGUUUGUCAAUCAUCUAACCAAGGGAAUGCAUGCUGAUGUUUCUGGAUCUAGUAAUAUGCCCCAGCAAACCCACUUAAAUGAUGACCUCAACAAAAUGGGAUGAUUUUGGUAGGCAAAAUAUCCACAAGAUUCAGCUGCAGCUGCCGACGACAGGAAGUACUAUACAUGGGUAUUGAAUUUUUUUGCCAAAAAACUUGUGCCGAUGGGCAGUGGAAUGGAAACCAUCCAGACAGUGGGGCCUAAAUAUGCUCUCAAGUAUCACCGAUCUGCAGAGAGUGCACUUAGCUAUUGCUACAGAUAUUGUUUGGAACUACUGCUUGAAAAUGGUCUUGAAAGACCAGUAAAUGGUGCAUCUGAAGAUUUCAGGAACUCACUGAUUUGGACUAUGGGGAGAGUUAGAGCUUCAUUUAAGAUGUGGUAUAUGCAUGGCAUGUUAACUCUCAUGUUCUGGUGUAUUGUGUUGCAAGAAGCAAUCGAUUGUCAUGGUUUUAGCUCCAUGAUAUUCUAGCUAAAUGGCUUUAUUCUUUUCUGUAUUCACCAAGAAAUUUUGUGCUAGCACUUGAUGGCUUCAUUCACGUUGUAUGUUUUACACUAUAAUUUUCUCUAUGAGCUGUUGUUUUCGGACGCUCUCCAGUCUUCAGAAAUCUAUUCCAGUUGCCACCUCCAGCUUUAACUUGCAUAGUUUAUUUCUGGUGAUCCUCUUCAGGCUAUCAUAGGCAUGGAUUGGCGCCUCUUCAGGCAAGGACUUUUUCCAGUCACUGGCCGUGAUUAAACUUCUGCAAAGUCGAACGGUUAGUUUCGCAUUUUCAUUGUUGUGCAUCAACAUGUCUUAUUGUUCUUAUUUCUUACUACUU